CUGGUGAAGGAGAUGCUCCUGUUAGAGAAAGAGAGAAGAAAGUGCGUCCCUUUUCCAUGUUUGAUUCUGUUGAAUCAAAUGGAGGUACUGGAGUACCUACAACAUUGAGGAAAAACCAGAGUAGUGAAGACCUGCUGCGUGAUGGCCAGAUGGGUACUAAGAAUUUGACAAAAGUACCACCACCUGUUCCCACCAAACCAAAGCAGAUCAACUUACCUUACUUUGGUCAAGCCAGUCAGCUGCCCUCCACAGAUGUUAAGCCUGAUGGUAAUGCACAAAAGCUGCCUCUGACAAUUGCAGCUGUUGGAAGCAAGCAGAAACCCCCAACCCCACUGACACCCUCAGCGUCCCAGCAAAGAAUCUGUGUGUCACCAAGUGGUUCUCCUACUAAUCCAGAUCUGACUCUUUCCAAACAAGAGAGUCCUCCUGCAGUAGCUGUGAAACCUUUCACACCUCAGCCGGCCAAAGAGGCCCCUCCACCUCCCUUUCGGAAGCCACAGACUGUGGCUGCAAGUUCAAUCUACAGUAUGUAUACAAAACAGCAGACUCCAGGGAAGAACUUUCAGCAAGCAGUGCAGAGUGCACUGACAAGGGCACAAACCAGAGGGCCACAUUUUCCAAGUGUGUACGGAAAGCCAGUUAUUGCUGGAGCUGGUUCCCCAAAUCAACAGCAAAUGGACAAUAUUUAUUCAAAUACUCAAGGCAAGCCAGCUAGUCCAGAGCCUGAAAUGGAGGCUACAGCUUCAGCCAGUGAAAACAAUGAAACAGAACGUAUUCCUCGUCCCCUCAGCCCAACCAAGCUUUUGCCUUUCUUGUCAAAUCCUUACAGAAAUCAAAGUGAUGCAGAUUUGGAGGCCCUUCGGAAGAAGCUGUCAAAUGCACCACGGCCACUGAAAAAACGUAGUUCCAUUACUGAGCCAGAGGGGCCUAAUGGGCCUAAUAUUCAAAAGCUGUUAUACCAGAGAACAACUUUGGCUGCUAUGGAGACUAUAUCAGCCCCUUCAUACUCAUCAAAGCAAACUUCAGUGGCUGUUACUGAAAACACAAUAGAAAUCCCAAACCCUUACCUAAGUACAGAAGUUGUGAAAGAGGUGGUUCCUACUUCACCUGAGCCAACUAUUGCAGAAGAGGCAGAAAGUCCAAAUACAGACCUGAACACAGCUUUGUUGCCCUCAUCAGGACUGGAUAGUGUUCUUGAGAACAUACCCGACAAUGCUUCUCUUACUCAGCCUGAAAUUGAAGAUCCAAGUCUAGAUGUGCCCUUGCCCAUAGAAAUGUACAUGGAGGAGUAUCCUCCCUAUCCACCACCUCCAUAUCCUUCAGGAGAACCAGAUACUUUGUCGGAUGAUUCAUUUAGUAUGCGGCCUCCUGAAGUCACUGGACAGUUUUCUUUACCACCUGGGAAGAGGACAAACCUGCGCAAAAUUGGUUCGGAUAGGAUUGACCAUGGAAUGCGAGUGAAAUUCAAUCCCCUUGCUUUGCUUCUAGAUUCCUCCCUUGAAGGAGAAUUUGAUCUUGUACAGCGAAUAAUUUAUGAGGUUGAAGAUCCCAGCUUGCCCAACGAUGAGGGUAUCACUGCACUUCACAAUGCUGUGUGUGCUGGUCACACAGAGAUUGUGAAAUUCCUGGUACAAUUUGGUGUAAAUGUUAAUGCUGCAGAUAGUGAUGGAUGGACCCCAUUGCAUUGUGCAGCAUCUUGCAAUAAUGUCCAAGUGUGCAAAUUCUUAGUGGAAUCAGGUGCUGCUGUCUUUGCUACAACUUAUAGUGAUAUGCAGACUGCCGCAGACAAAUGUGAAGAAAUGGAAGAAGGCUAUACACAGUGUUCUCAGUUUCUUUAUGGAGUGCAAGAGAAAAUGGGAAUAAUGAACAAAGGAGUGGUCUAUGCUCUGUGGGAUUAUGAAGCUCAGAAUGAUGAUGAACUGUCUAUGAAAGGGGGAGACUGUAUGACAGUUCUUCGCCGGGAAGAUGAAGAAGAAAUAGAGUGGUGGUGGGCACAGUUAAGUGACAAGGAAGGAUAUGUGCCUCGUAACCUGCUUGGUCUCUAUCCAAGGAUUAAGCCAAGGCAAAGAAGCUUGGCAUGAAAACACGUGGAAGCAAUUUUCUGAUGUAUCAGUCACAGGAUGGAUUUAUCCUUUUUUAUAGAAAAGAAUGCAUUCUCUUUGUGUUAACAUCAGUUUCAUGAAAUUUACUUUGAUUACAAUGUGAUAUGAAAGCAAUGCUGAAUAUGCUAUGAAAACAGAUGAAGGAUAGAUUGCAUUCACAAAUGGUGGAAGAAGCUCCCUUGGAAUGCUACUUUGAAGCAAAUGAGUAUGCCCUAAAGGCAAAUGAAGCCUAAUGAAUGGUCAGUCACUACCUUUUCUUUUUCUGCAGAUGGCUUUUUUUGGUCUUUGUAAUACGCGGACAUGAGAAAAAUCUAUUCCUUCCUCUAAACCAGUUAUUCCCUAACUUGAGUCCCCAAAUGUUAAUUAGCUUUCAAGACCCAGCCAAUAUGGUCUGUGGUCAAGGAUUCUGGGAGUUGUUCUCCAACAUCAAGGUAUCCAGGUUUUAGAAACACUGUUCUAGACAGUUUUCUUAAGCUCUUGCAAUUUCUUCUCUAGAACAGGGCCAAUGUAAGUCAGACUAUUCAUACAUAAACUAAUCAUAAACAUUCUGCUUAUGGAAUUUCUUAGUAGCAGAGGUAACAGUAUGAAAGUGAUGUAAUGCAUCUUAAAACUAAGGACCUAAACCAAUUUUUUGAGCAAUAAUGUUGAGUGCAGUAGCAUUUUAGGAUUCCAGAGUAUUUGAAAUAUAUUCUAUACCACUAACAAUGUAGGUUAUAGAGUGGGUUUUUUAAAAAUAUCUUGUCUUUGUCUUUUGUAACCUGGAUAUUAAAUAUAGAAAAACUAUGUAGACUAUAUCACAAUUUUGUUACAACUACCUUUCUAUGCUUAACUGUGAUUAAAUUUUGACUUUAGAAAUA